UCGGUCACACUGGUUUCGAUUUUUUUGGUGGAUGGUGUGUGCUCAGCGAAGCGGUCGGCAAACAAUUCAAAAGUAGCAAAAGCAUCUGAAAAAGAACACAAGCGGAAAAGUACGGAAAAUAAAACCCUGCGGACUGUGAGCGUAGAAAGACUGAUAGCCAAAUAUAUUACAAUUUCGACAAGUCGUUGAAGCUCGAAGUGCUUCGAAGGAAGUGGAAGAAGGACAAGCAAAAAUUCGUUCUCUCGACACUUCCUUUGCGUCUCUCUUUCUUAUCGCCUGUGCGUGCGAGAGUGAGUGUGGCUGUGUGAGUGCAAGAAUCUGCAAGAAAGGCAACGCCAAAAGCGAGAAAUCAAGAAAUAAAACGUAGUGGCGUGUGAAUCACGAGCAAGCUGAAUCAUCUCACUCACAGCAAUAGCUGCUUCUGUUGGCCGAACAAAUAAUUGCAGACGAAUUCGUAAGAAUGGAGCACCACGAGGACAACGCUCAGCUCGACAACUACUUGCAGAACCGAUUAUCCGAGAGCUUGCAAAUUUCCGGGGGUGCCGGUGAGCAGCAUCUUCAUGUGACCGACUCUGCCGGCGAGGAACUUUCCGCUCCUGGUAUCGAGUCCUCUAAAUCGGAUCAGCGGGACGGCGAUGGGGACGAGGCCGAGGAGUGGAAGUACAUAAACGAGGUGCAGCAGAGCGAGAAGCUGCAACAGCAGCAGCUUCCUCAGAAAAAUGGCAACGGGUUCGGCCUCGGUCCGCAGACUGAGGGUCUAAUCCUGGGAAACAAUGCUGCCGCUAGUCGCAGUCUGGCUUUUGAGGAGGAGGAUGUUGAAGUGAUCAAGAACGAUGGGGACUUGUCCACGAACUCGAACACCACCACUUCCACGGGAGAAGUGGCGGCCCAGGAUCCGCAGCGAUCCCAGGAAGCAAACCUGUUAGGGGAGCAGCAACAACAGCAGCAGCUGCAGUCUCAAGAUCAGGAGGACGAGGACGAGCCCAGCUCUGUGGCCACCACCUACGGAACCAGCAGUCUCAGUGAGAAUAAUCCGACACCCUUGGAGCAGGAUGAGGUCGUCCUGGUACCCCAGCCAGCUGUCCAAGAACUGCUGAAGGGCUUCGACAACAAGGAAAACUGUGAUUAUGUCCAGGAACAGGAGGAAAGUCACUCCCAGCUGAAUCCCAAUGCUGUUGCCUUUGUGCCCAGCUUUGGCUCCCAGCCUUCCUCUCCUCUUUCCGCCGUGGAAGAGCCACAACUCGGAUUGCCUCCCCGCCAGCUCUUGGGUGUUGGUCCCUUGGACGAUCUGGUGGCGGAGAGUCCCCGCAAAGGCUCCGUCAGGGAAAACAUGGAUGCGAUUGCAGUGCCCGAUGAGCGGGAAUUCGACAUUGAGGCGGAUAAGAGACCCCACGAACUGGAGCAGGAAUCGGAUAUAUUUAACGCAGGAAACCUAGAGAUGCAGUUGUUAAACGGUGUAGGAACCGCUGAGCCAGCUGCCUUGGCGGAUCUCCUAGACCACGGUCCAGAAACCUGUGUCGAUAUGGACUUGUCCCUAGAUCAGCUGCCCGCCGGCGGCGACAUCAUGAAGCAAUCGCUUUAUGCGGAGCACAACGCCUCCAUCGAAGACAUCCUAAAUUCCGUGCAACCCUUGCCCACUCAGACGGGUGACGAAAAAGAGCUGCUCAAUGUGGAGGAAAAGGAGCAUGUCUCACAGUCGCCUUCUACUGAGGAGCUCCAGUUCCAGCCCGAGCAGCAUCGGCUGCCAUUGUUCAACAACUCUGACCAAGAUCCCAUGCAGGCUUCUUUUUAUUUGGAGCAUAUUUGCAUAGAAGCCCAAAAGAACGAGCAGCAAGAGCUGGAGCAGCUCCCAGUGGAGGACUCCGAAAAAUUUGCCGACCAGAGCUUUCUGCUGGACACCAGUGCACCAGUGUUUAGUCCCGAAUCAAACUCGCCUUUGGCAAAAUUGGAGCUGGAAUCCCAGCAGGCUGACAUUGUGGACAUCACACCUUCGCCUUCUGCUUCUACUGAAGAAAAGCAUCUGGUCGAGGACACCAAGGAGUUGGUAGAGGACCCGGAGGUGGCGCUUCAGGAGACUAGGUGGAAACAGGAAUCAAAUAUCUUCGAAUCUUUUCCACAGGAAGAAGUUUACGAACCCCGGUUGCCGCCUCUCAUUGAUAUGGAGAAAGUACUUGCUUCAGAGUGCUUCGAUUCGGAUCAUAAGGGUGCUAGUAAGAGUGUCAAGCAAGAAGAGCUACCAGAUCUCCUUUGCAAGGAGCAACUGCUGACGGCUUGGGAAAACUCCGUUCCACAAAAAGAUCAGCCCGCUGAAGAGAAUAUAUUUGUUAACAAAUUUGUUCCAAUAAAAGAGCAGAUUGCUGCUCCCGAGGGACCAGAGCUAUCUGUUGCUUCAGAGGGACCAGAGCUGUCUAUUGCUCCUGAGGAGUCACCAGUAACCGCUGCUGUAGAGAUACCGAUUAUUUCUCAGAUUGAAAAAGCUGUGCUUCCGAUCAGAGAGUCAUUGGUGGAAGCUGUUCCAGAAGCAAAGAAGGAGGGGAACGUUGCUGCUCCAUUGGCUGUCGUUGCGACCGUUGCUGGAGCUGCUGUUGCAGUUGCCGCUGCAACCAACCCAUCUCUAAAAGCUAAACGAUCUGCACCUAAUGCAAUCAAGAAGACCACAACGAGCUCCACUACGGUUUGUGCUGCCGGGGCAACCAAGCCCGCCGCUGCACGUCCACGCACCGCCCCCGUUGCAACCAAAACUACAAGUGCAUCUACCAAAUCUUCGCUUGCGGCUACGCCAACAGCAACCACCCGAAAACCACUAAGCAGCAAUGCAGCAACUAAGUUAAGUAGCACACGACCAGCCACUGCUCCUGUGACCAAGGCACCUUUGGGAGCAAGGACCACAGCCAGCAAGACAAUUGCAAAUGGAACUGCAUCAGCAAAUGGAUCUGGGAGCGGAGCUAGGACAACAGCUCGCCUUUUGGCCAGCACCGCAGCUCGUAAACCACCCACAGUUGGAACAGGACCGGCGGCUGGAGUCAGUGGAACAGCUCGCAGACCAGCUGCAAAUGCCUCCGGGUCCGGGUCGGCUGCAACCAAACCACGCUCGGCCGUCACUUCUGCAGCUCCAGCCAAGCCAAAUGCUUUGUCGCCACACAGCAACAUUUCCGCUACAACCUCUGUACGCAAGGCGCCCAGCACAAACGUCACUUCUCUCUCAGCUCGCAGUCCUAGCAAGCCGGCCAGUAAUGGAUUGGGAAGGAGCACCAGCUCCACCACCGCAACCACUACAACAACAACGACCACUAAAACUUUCACAGCUCGUCCCGCUCCAAGGUUUACCCACUCGGCCAGCUCAACCAAUAGCAAUAGCACAACUCGCCGGCUGCUGGUUCCUGGUAGCUCCACUGCGCCAACGGCGGCGAAUUUAAGGAAGUCAUCGCCUAUAAAGACAACGCCGGUAAAAACUGCUGCCAAGCCGCUGACACCAAAACCCAAAGAAAGCGCCACCACUAAGGUAUUGCCAGCUGGAUUAAAAGCGCGCAAGUCUACAGCACUAAAGGGAGACUCUCCAAUCCGGGCACCAAGAGUUGCACCACCAGCUGAAGCUACUUUAACAACCAAUGGCGGAAUCAAUGCUGAAAAAGCAAAUAAGGAAAACGGCUUACACGAUGUGCAGGAAACCCAGCCUCCUAUUCAAGAGCAGCCGGAUCAGGACCAAGUUGUCUAUCCCCAACUCGGAGAAGUGUCCCUUUUGGACUUUUAGAGAACAUCCCAGAUUCCAGACCACAAAGCUGAAACUACUUUACUACAAUUAUAAAACAUAUAAGGUAAAAGUAUAUAGCGCGAACAAACAAAAUUAAAACGAAAGAAAAAGCAACGAAUGCAGCAUCAUACAGAUGAAAUUUAAAUCGUACUGCUAACCAAAUUAUGAAUUACUACUCAUUGAAUUUAUUUAUAUUCGAUUACAUCUUCUAUUUCUUGCUAAAUAUUUGAAUUUAUUGAUUUAUUUUAUUAAAGUGGGUCCCGAGCAAAAUUUUUUGUGCUAUUUUGUCAAGAAAACGAAUGAUAAAUAUUAUAGUGUGCUCCGUUUUAUUUAAGAAUUAAGAUGUUUUAUUUAUUAACGCUCUGUUAUUUUUGUUGCUCAUGUGCUAAAAAAAAUUUGUAUUGAAUAGCUUCAGCGCUUCGUCAAAUGCAGCGAAGCGGCGUCGUUGAAAUCGACAGAAAACAAUUGUCAUAUUAAAGAUCAAAUUGAAAUUAAAAAUUAAGCAAAUAUGAGAAAAGGGAAAAAUCUAAAUUUAUAUUUAAACAUUUUCGUGUAGCAACAAAAAGAAAAACAAUUGAUAAUCGAAGUUUAACUGUAGCUAUUUUCGGCGUCCAAACACGUAUCUAACGAAAACAUAAGAUAAAUAAAAAAUAAUCCAACAAAAAGAAAAGUAAGUUGCGCACCUAAAAACCGUAGAUUGCUAACCAGUAAAAAAACUAAUAAGAAUCUGAAUAUUAUACAACAUGAUGUAUGUGCUUUUACUGUUUCUCCCAGUACCACAUUCUUAGAGACACAGUAACUAGUUUGAGAUUUAUAUGUUGCUUCAUUUAAAAAAAACUAUUACUGAAAAUGAAAAAACCUUUUCAUUAUUUUUUAUAAACGGAACCCAGUGUUAUAUUUAAAUUUUGAAAGAAAAAUGUUUCGUUUUUAAUCACAUCUUAAAAUCCGUUAUGCUUAUAAUUUUUGUGAGCAACGUCAAUAUGUAUUAUUAUUUUAUAAUUUUGUUCAUUAUACCACACGAAACAAAAAACAACAGAAACAAAAGCAUUGAAUGUAACUUAAACACUCCCAUACCCUCUCUCUAUUCAUAUGUAAUACAUAUUAUGUAUGUUUUUAACGAAAUUUCCAAUUAAAACAAAACAAACAAAAAAUUCUUUAAAAAAUA